CUCCAGGCUGGAGGACGAGGAGGAGGAGAAGCGCAUUUACAAUCUGCUUCACUCUCGGCUCAGCUGCUUAAACUAAGCUGCGGGUCGGCGCAGCAACUUAACAAUACGGAUUGGGAGCUCCAAUGCAAAGGGGGUGGAGGGGAAACACGCGUGAGAAUUCUUCUAUUGCAAAGGAACACACAAAACAAGGAUUCUGACUUGAACUCAUGUUGGAGCACCAGGGGCAAUUUGUGAAGUGUUAAGACAGCAGGGGAGUCUUCUUGUUGUUUCGAGGCAUCUUUGGAAAGUUUGUUUGCAAACUGCGUGUGCCUCUUGCCGGAGUUGUCAUGCUGCGGGUGCGCUGCGACGGCGCCGGGUUGCUGGCGGUCUGCUUACUGUGGUCGGGCUGCUGGCGAGCGGCGAGCGGGCGGACACGCGACUGCCAGCCGUGCAGCCGGGAGCGGUGCGAGGAGCUGCCAGCCUGCCCGGGCGCCAAGGUGCUGGAUGCCUGCGGCUGCUGCUCGCUGUGCGCCAGGCAGAAGGGGGACACGUGCGGCGACCUAGACACCGACUUGGGCAAAUGUGACACGGGUCUGUGGUGUGUGACUGAGAACCUGCCUGGUGCUGAGGAAGGGGAGGACGGGGACAGCAGCUCCGGACUAGACCGAGGGCCGUCGACAGGAGUCUGCAAAGAAAUAGAAUUCAUUGAGGAUGUUGUGCCAGAGGAUGACCUGUGCCCUGAGGUAUCCGGUUGCAACCUACUAAAUGGACAGUGCGUCUGUGAGAUAGUACACUCCUGUGUCAGAGUAUUCCAGUUCCCUGAUGUGGAAGCCUGCACUGCGACAUCGGGAUCUUUUCCAGGGGAAGAAUCGGGCUGUUCCAUUGAGCAUUGCCCAAUACAGUUUGAAUCUCUUUGCCCUGAAGAUUCUGUACUUGUCAAAGGAUACAUGCCACCAGACCAAUGCUGCCCAACUCCCAGUGUCUGCCAGUGUAAUAAGGAAGCCUGCAAAGAAAAGGACUGUCAUCUUGGUCACCAGCAAGUUCUGCUUUCAGAAGCCACGGGAAUACCAGGGGAGUGCUGUGAUGUGCAUGAGUGCAGAUCAGAAUCCACUCGCAAAUGUCUGUUCAAUGGCACUGAGUACACAGAAGGCGAGGUGUAUCGCAUGGAGGCUUGUUGGUUCUGCCGCUGUCGGGGUGGGAUCUCAUUGUGCUCCAAAGUAGAAUGUGGAGAGCUGAAAUGUGAGAACUAUUACAUCCCUGAGGGAGAGUGCUGUCCAGUUUGUCAGGAUCCAGUUUUCCCAGCCAUUGGUGGAGUAGGAUGUUUGGCGAGAGAUCAGAUUCGAGCACAUGGCGAUCACUGGCGAGAAGAUGACUGUACUUUCUGCCAAUGCGUCAACGGGGAACAUCACUGCGUUGCCAUGGCUUGCAAACAGACCUGUCAGAAUCCAGUCAAAAUACCAGGGGAGUGCUGCCCUUUCUGUGAAGAGCCAACUUACGGGACGGUCAGUCCAACACUAUGCGAGAGGUUGAUAAACUGCACCUUGACAGAGAAGGAUUGCCCAUAUGGCUUUGUGCAAGAUCAGAAGGGAUGCUUGAUGUGCCAGUGUCUACCUAAGGAACCGUGUCCAGCUUUGACAUCGUACUGCUCCUUAGAUUGCCCCCAUGGUUUCCUGACUGAUUUAGAUGACUGCAUCAUCUGUGAAUGUCGGCCACAGGCACACAAAUGCCGAAACCUUUCCUGCAAUAAACAUUGUCCUUAUGGUUAUAUGAGAAACAAACAUGGUUGUGAGAUGUGCCGUUGUGUAAAAUGCCCACCAUUUACUUGUGACAAGUAUUGUCCAGAAGGGUAUGAAAAGAAUAAGAAAGGAUGCUCCAUGUGUAAAUGCAAAGAAGCCGAUGUUCAUCUCAGCACUACCACUCCUCCACUUCCUACCAGUUUCUGCUUGACUGCUAAUGGCCAUCGCUAUGAAGAAGGAGAAGGCUGGCAUGAUGGCUGUAGGGACUGUUAUUGUUAUGGUGGAAGGGAGAUGUGUGUGUUAAUUACAUGCCCAGUUCCAAACUGCCUCAAUCCAUUGGUCAGGCCUGGGCAGUGUUGCCCCACCUGUCAAGAUGAGCCAGGCAGUGGACAGCCUGAUAUGGUGGACCUUGCUGUCUGCCAAGCACCAGGCGGGGAAUACUAUUUGGAGGGUGAAACAUGGAACUUGGACAGUUGCACACAGUGUACCUGUCAUAGUGGACGUGUGCUGUGUGACACUGAGGUCUGCCCACCACUCCUUUGCCAAGCACCAAUCAAAGAAUCAGGUGCUUGUUGUCUGACUUGCCCAGAAGAUCAGUUGAAAACCCUAUUGCCGACCAACGGCAGUGAGUCUGGAUACUGCAUGUCCAGUGAUGGAGAUAUUUUGCUGGUUGGAGAGUCUUGGAAGCCAAACGCCUGUACCAGCUGCAUUUGUGGAGAUGGUGCCAUUCAGUGUUUCUCUCAGACCUGUCCAGCUGCUUCGUGCAGGCUGCCAGUUCUUCGGAAAGGGCAGUGCUGCCCCUAUUGCUUAGAUAUGCCAACAGUUUCUUCACCCACAACAGAAGCUGCUGAUGUAUUACUGGAGAAGUCAACUGAACUAAAGGAUAAAGAGUUACCUCCACCAUCUGUUCAGCCUGAUUUAUCACAAUUCACAGCAGUUACUGACAGUCCCUCCAAGCAAACUGAAAUGGCAAUAAUCUACCAGUCAGCAGCAUGGGUCCUGGCAGCAAUACUACUUGCAAUCAUCGGCUUUUCGAUCGCCACACUUGUCAUAAACAGAAAGAAACAGUGGUUCCAGAUGCCAUGUUACCAUGCACCAACAAAGACGCAGUUUUUGAAAAAUCCAGUUGACAAACAAACUGUGGUCUACAUGGACUCUGUGAAGGGAAACAAAAUGCACAGCAUUAAUAACUGCUGCAGGAAGGAUCUAAUGGUGGAAACAGAUUCCCAGUGCAAUGAGAAAUACAGUGUGCGUGCAGAAAAACAAAGCAACAGCCAGCAAAACAAACUGCUUGGAUAGAAACAUGAAAAAAGUUGGCUUCCGAACUGAUGGAGACUUGGCAAUAAUUCAAAGAGUGUGCUCCAUUCACCAGCCUUGCCUCUUCUGGUUUCCAUUAUAUUUUGAGUUAAUGAUUCCAGCUUGCUAUCUGUGUAUGAUUCAGGUACUUGCAAAUUAACAAUUACUUUUAAAACCAUAUGUCUUUAUUGACUUUCCUGUUCAUUUAAAAUGCCCAAAAGAAUUAAGGGAAAAACUUGCCAAAAAAGAGUAACCAAGCCAGCAAAUAAACACCAAUCUUUUCAGUACUUUUGUACGAUAUAGUGGAAAAAAUGUGUGGGGAUAACACAUGGGAGGAGUAAGCCUUUAGUCAUUUACUUAACCACUUUAUUCAAAGAGUAUUUAAUCAAGCAAUGGCUUCAUUCAAAUCAUCCCCAAUGUUGUAGAAUAAGCAUUUUCAAACACAGGUGGAUUUUAGUUUGUUUAAAAUUGAUGUUUGGAUAUGUGGUAAUGGAAUAUAUAUUUCUUAAUGUCUUGAGAGAAUAAAGUAGAAUUUUUCCUUGUGAAGGAGAAAUCUUAAAUGAUUAUCUUUCAUCAUGACAUUUUUCAGGUAAAUUACUGGGAACCAGAAAAUAGCCUAAAUCUGACACUUUAUUCCACCUGCAGGAUACAUGCAAGAUAGUAACAUUUUUACUAGGCUUUUGAGUGGUGGAAUUUUUCAUUAAUUCCAAGGCAGCACUAUAAAUCCCAAGAGAGAUGUACAAAUGAUGAAAUAGGAAAUUGAGAUACCAAAUUAUUACUGCAGAACUAUACCUUUAACUAUUGCAUUAUUAAUAUUGCUGUUAACAUUUGCAAUGGCAGUGAUUUACAUGUUGUAUCAAUUCCUAUAUCUGUACUCUAUAUUUUCAUUGUGUUGAAUGUAUCCACAAUUUUUGUUUGUGGGCAGAUUUUCAUUCCAGUUUUUAAAAAAAGAAUUGAAUAGAGCAUUGUUGCUUUAUUUGUCUGGCAAUAAUAAAGCUCAAUACAAAUGCCAAACGCAGGAACGGCCAACAGUGUAUUAUCAGCUUUAAGUUAAAGUUGUUGUCAAAUUUCUGAGGUAUAAUGAAACCCAGUUACGCACCACCUGGGAAAGAUGGGUCACAGAGAGGUGAAUAUUGCUAAAAUAUAUUUGAGACUCGGUAAUCUGAUUGGGGGAGGAUGGUGUAAAGGAGUUGAACAUAAGUAGUGAAUGAAUGAUAAAGACCACUCACCUCCCUCAGCAGUUCUAGCUUCACCCAGGCUUAAAAUGCAGGCUUUACCCAUUUACAGUGCUCUAGAUGGCUGAGAUUAGGAUAAAAAGAAUUUCAAAAUAUUUAUGGUAUUUUGAGGUGACAAGGAAGAAUGAAAUGUUGUAACUACUCGAGUAGUUUAAAAUGUGAGAGCACAGGGGAUAUGUUGGUAAGCGGUGGCACUUUGUAGUCAAUGUUACAAAUAACAUUAAAAAUAACCCUAUUGAUAGCAGGCUGUGAGCGUAUAAAUUCUUUUAAGUUGUAAGAAGUUUCAAGUAUUUUUGUAGAUACUUAGUUUGCAGAUAAUUGAGCAAAAGGGAGGAGAGUUUCUUAAUUUAUUUUUUCAAAUAGCUUAAUUUAUUAAUCUAAGUAGAAUCUGUAUAGAAGAAUAGCAGAGGGCUUAACAAUUCUGUUUACUUCUAUUUGUUACUGUGAUUGGUUGCCCAAUAAGUUAAGAUGUGGCAAAGCUCUUUGGCCAUGCAGUGUUGCUGGUUGUUAUGCUGAGAUAUUGCUAUUACCUGAUCAUAUGCCUUUUAAACAAAACCUGUAAAUCCCUUUGCUGUACUUUUUACGUAAGUUCCUAUUUUUUUGGUUUAACUCUUUACUGUUGAAAUAUAGAGAUCUAAUUUGCUUAUUUAUUUACAUUAAUGUGUAGUAGCACUUGUAAAUGCACAUGGCCGAGCAGCUGGGUUGUAACUAGUAAAAGGCAUUUACUCCAUUAAAUAAAUUUUGUUGUGGAAGUUCUUUGAAUCUGUGGUAACAUAUUUUCCAAAUUUGCUUUGAGAAGCAAUUUAUCAAUAAGAAGUGGCAUAUGUUACAGUUUGAGAAUAUGCUUCAACCUAGGCUUCAAGAAAAUAUUUCCAGCAUUGAGAAAUAUAUAUUUCACUAUCAAGAGUAAUACUCAGCAAGAAAGAUUUUCUCAUUCAUCGUCUAUUCAGAAAAGCAACCUCUGAGAAAUUACCGUGCUUGAUAAAUACCUCUUGAUAAACAAAAUUUUGAAAAUUGAGUCUCAUCGUGUAACUUUCAGUGUGAUUAGGCCUUGUUUUGGAGUAUGUUUGGCAAAGUAAACUGUAUAACACAUUUUAAUAACUUUCAGUCAGCAAUGGAUUGCUAAAAUAAAUAGUCAGUGUCCUCAC